AUGGCGAGUCCAGCGACGGCCCCGGUCCUCACCUGGUCACCGUUGCUCUUUCCACCCUGGAAUACGGCACUGCUGCCGGCCGCGUUCUAUCCCGUCGCGGCACUGCGAUCACUGCCAGGAUUUCUCGACAGCAUGAAGCAACUGCCGCAAUCCCAGCGCACCACCAACACCGGUGCCGGCUUUCGUAUCUGCAAUCUGCUCGAGCUGGACAACGAAAAGAAGCAACAGCAGCAACAGCACACGAAAAAGCGAAAAAACUCGGACUCACUGGACGAUCGAUCGGCCAUCCACCGGCUGAGAGAUGAAGAAGCGGGCGUCGCGGACGAUGAAGGUGAAGACGAGGAUGACGAAACCGGAUCGCGAACACACGCAUCAAACGGACCGAUCCGUCGGCGGAAUGGUUCCAUGAUUCUACCACCGGAGGACACGAACAGCAAUCCCGAUGCCGAAACCAUGCACCAUGGUGGCGGUGGAAUGGCAAGUGGACCGAACAGUGAUGACGAUAGCAGCAGUAGCCGGGUUCAGCAGCGGACACCUCGUAGUGGAGAUGCGCGGGAUGAUCGGACGAGUCCCCGGGGUGGAGACAGUGGAGAUGAGACGACGAGUGGUAGCAAACCGACGUCUGGAUUGUUGGGAGCGUCGGGAUUAAGACCUUCCAUGACAUUGGCCGAAGAUUUGCACGCCCGGUUCGGUUAUCCGUUGCAUCCGACGACGACAAACCCCCAUCACGCUGGCCAUCCGCCUGCACAUCAUCCACACUUUCCACCGCAUCCGGCACACCCGCAUCUGCAGCAGCACGUCGUCGCUCACUUGACGGGGCCACCGGCGGCACAUCAUCCUCACCAUUACCAUCACGCACUGUUUGGGCUCCCUGGCGUACGAUCCUGGCCGUACGAUGGAUGCAAUACCCUUAAUGCAUGCCAUCAGCAACAGGCCCAGCGGUUGUUCGCGCAGCAGGUUAGCCCAGCAGACAGCACGUCGCCGGUGCACUCGGAACGCUCAUACCUUGGCAGCAACGGUGGUGGAGGAGGGGGAGGAGGCCUCUCCGGAGGCCAUUCGACCACGACCGGAACCACCGGAACCGUCGCAAGAGAAGGAGGUUCCAUCGAUGGAACACCUGGAUCUCACCUGGUGGCGGGUCGUGCCGGUUCAGCGAUGCGCACACCGAGCCCUUCCUCCGACUCGGACCGGGAGCAUCAUCAUCAUCAUCAUCUGCACCAUCAUCUGCACCAUCUGCACCAUCAUCACGGUGGUGGCGGUGGUGGUGGUGAUGCGCACACGGAAAACUCGGACGAUGUGGACAUCGAGGAGGGCUGUGAUGAUGAUCUGAUCGACAUGAUCGAUGAUGGGGACGAGGGGGAACGGGGUCAUCAUGGUCCCGGUGGCGGUGGUACGUCGAUGAGUGGCCACAAGAAGCGAAAGCGACGUGUUCUCUUCUCGAAAGCACAAACCUACGAGCUGGAGCGACGGUUCCGGCAGCAACGUUACCUGUCGGCCCCCGAGCGGGAACACUUGGCGUCGUUGAUCCGAUUGACCCCAACCCAGGUGAAAAUCUGGUUCCAGAACCACCGGUACAAGACGAAACGGGCUGCGCACGAGAAGGGUGUCAUGGAUCACGGUGGUCAUGGUGGCAGUGGUGGUGGCGGUAGUAUGGGAGGUUCCGGGGGACUUCCUUCGCCGAGGCGCGUUGCGGUACCGGUGCUAGUGCGUGACGGAAAGCCCUGCCUUGGUGGUGGUGGUGGUGGUGGAAAGCCCGGGGCACAUGAUCUCUUGUCGGGUGUUCCUGCGGCUGCUGCCGCACAUUUGCAGCUACCACCCGGAUUCCAGCAUGCCAGUUUGUUGCAUCAUGCGGCCGCAGCUGCUGGGCGAUGGUGGUCGUAG